AUGAGGAAAGAAAACCAGUCUGCUACUCAGGGUUUCAUUCUUCUGGGAAUUACCAGUCAGCAGGAGCAGGAAGUUGUCUUCUUCAUCCUCUUCCUGUUUAUUUACCCCAUCACACUGAUUGGAAACCUGCUCAUCAUCUUGGCCAUUCGCUCUGACAUUCGCCUUCACAACCCCAUGUACUUUUUUCUUGCCAGUCUCUCCUUUGUUGACAUCCUCUUCUCAUCUGUAACCGUCCCCAAGAUGCUGUCAAACCACAUCUUGGGCAGCAAAUCCAUCUCCUUUGGAGGAUGCCUAGUGCAGAUGGAUUUCAUGCUUGCCUUUGCUAACAUAGACAGCUACAUCUUGGCUGUGAUGGCAUAUGAUCGUGCUGUGGCCAUCAGCCGCCCUCUUCAUUACACAACAAUUAUCAGCCCCAGGUGUUGUGUCCUGCUUGUUGUAGGGUGUUGGGUGAUGGGAAACGUCAAUUCCCUACCCCACACUCUGCUUACGGCUAUUUUACCCUUCUGUGGCCACCAGAAAGUGGCUAACUUUUACUGUGACAUUUCUUCUUUGCUCAAGUUGUCCUGUUCUGAUACCCACUUAAAUGUGAAAUUUAUGUAUGUAGGGGCUGGUGUUUUUUGUGUGCCAUUAAUAGGCAUCAUUAUCUCCUAUACUCGAGUCUUUGCUACCGUCUUACGGGUUCCAUCUACCAAGGGCAUGCUCAAAGCCUUCUCUACCUGUGGCUCCCACCUCACAGUUGUCUCUUUAUAUUAUGGGACAGUGAUGGGCAUGUAUUUCCGCCCUCUGACCAGUUAUGGCCUGAAGGAUGCAGUGCUGACUGCAAUGUACACAGUAGUGACUCCAAUGUUAAAUCCUUUCAUCUACAGUCUGAGAAACCAGGACAUGAAGGCUGCCUUGGGGAAACUCUUCAGCAAGAGAAUUUCCUCUUGA